GGUUCAAUGUUGUCUUUAAUAUCUCCAUUGCUGGAUUGAUAUAUUUUAAAGUUUCAGUAAAAAUUAUAAUGUUUUUUAUUCUAACAAAAGUAUAAUUCAUUCGUAUUGAAUGUACCUUAUUAUAGGUACCAGGCAUAGUUGUUAUUAACUGCCAGUCAGCAUUAUGGCUAAUAGAAAAAGGAACGUGAAUUACAUUAAACCAGAGGACCCAGAGUUCCUUAAAGUGAUAAAGAGACAAGCUGGAUAUGAUGACAGAAAUCGGAAAUUCGAUCCGCUUGAGAAUGCCGAAGAAGAUUUCGUGGACGAUACAGAAAGCGAAGAGCCGCAAGUUGUAGUUUUGAAACCGGGAGACCUCACUGCCGAGGAGGCAGAGGUGGAGAGAAAACGGUUAGAGAAAGAAGCGGAAGAAACUAAAGCAGACCUUAGUCAACGGGUUAUUUUUAAACCUAAAUCAAAGAAAGCUGAAAAUGACAAAAAAGGAAAAGAGCCAAGCAAGAACUCACAAAAAAAGCAAAGUCAAUUGCUGUCAUUUAAUGAUGAUGAAGAGGAAGACGAUGAAAGUAGUUAACAACGUGAAGUGUUGCUUGUACGAUAUAAUGGGUGAUUGAUGGGUGCAAACAAUGUUAUAAAUAUAAUAGUUAAUGUCAGUGUUUGACAUUAUUAUAAUGUAAUUUGCCCCUGUUCUGAUGGCUUUGGCCCAUUAGUGAUGGACCUGGACUUGACUCAUUAGGAUGAUAUUAAAGUUUAUGAUUAAGCAUAUGCAGAGCUAAGAGAUAAUGUGUUGAAGUUUUUAUGUGAUUAUAUUCUUAAGUUGAUGGUGAAUAAAGAACCAAUCUCUGUA